CUAGGAGGUUAUGUUUUCAGUGUUGCAUUAACAUUUCUCCAGCAUUCUUGUUGUAGUGUGUCAAACCGUGAUUAACUUCCUGGUGGUUUCGUGUGUGGACGUAUAAGCAUACGCGGAUCAAAUAUCUUUACGUUCUUUUUUUUUCACUCGAUUAUCAUAAUUGAAAGACUAUAUUUAAUCCACGAUAUGGACGUGAGUCUACUUCUGCAACAUUCGCAAUAUGGAAUACCAGUUGUUUGCGUUUUGGUUUGCGCCAUCCUUGUCUUCGUCUUCGGCUUCAAAAAAGCCGAGCAGCCACCUUUCGCUCAUCUCUCCGUUAGCUCGGACGUGGACCGGAAGCUUGCUAACAAAAAACGAAGUAAAACCAAGGAAAAGAAAGCCGCUAAUGGGCAGCUAGUUACUGAGAAAGCGAGUCCUGUCAAGAAAACUGUUAUCACAAAAUCAGAAACAACAAAGAAAUCAUCAAAAAAUGAUGAAGUUGAUGGUAAAUUAAAAGAAAAGAAACAAGAAGAUGAUAAACCUGUUGCAAUCAAGAAGGAAAAAAAUCAUGAAGCUAAAUCAGGAAAAGAAAAUAAAGUCGAGCAGGUAAAAAAUAAGAAAAAUCUGAAGAAUCUUCUACAGGAGAAACCAGUUGAUUUUGACGAAGGUGAUUGGGAACAAGCCUAUUCACGAAAAGACAAAAAAAAUAAGAAGAAGGAAGAAGAUACACCAUCAAAGAAAUCAAAGAAGAAUGUAAAGAAAACUGAAUUGAUUAAUGAUGUUGCAAAAGAAGUUAAAGAUCAAGAGAAACCAGAGAUUAAAGAUAAAGUUGCCAAAGAGACCGAGAACAAAGAAUUAAAGGAGAAGGACAACAAAGACGUUGUUCUUACACCUAUUAUUAAUGACAAUCUUGAGACUGAAAAGAAAGUGGAGAAGAAAACAGAAAUUUCCAAUAAGGUUGAAAAGCCCGAGAAGGAGGAGAAGAAAACUAAAUCUAAGAAAUCAAAAAAGAAUAGUGAAACUGAAAAAGUAACUGCUACUGUAAAAACAGAACCAAAAAUUAUUGAAAAGGUAGUGGAGAAGAAGGUGGAGGAGGUCAUCGUUAAAGAUGUACCAGAACCCAUAAAAAGUGAGCAGGUAGUGGAAAAGCCUGUUGCUGCUUUCGAUGAAUUGGGAGAUGUUUGGACGGAAGCAAAACCCCAAAAGAAGAGCAAAAAGAAGGCUCGCAGAGACAAUUAAAUAAAAUCAAGUGGACAAAGCACAAAGUUGCUUGAAAAUAGGAAGUAUAAAAAGGAAGACCCCUUUGGCUCAGGAGAGACUGUCACAAUGAGUAAAUCAAGUGAGAGUUUAUAAAAGAGCAUUUUCGUUAUCCACUUGACCAAAAUUUUUUUUUUUUUCCCCUUGUACAUAGUACCAAAAGGAUCGACUCAGAUCCAUUAGAAAGUAUAAGUUAUACUGCAUCACAAUCGCAAGAAAAAAAAAAAUGUCAAAUUUCUUUCUUUAUUGUCAUUGACUUAUUAUUGCUGUAUAAACUUCAUGCUGCCUUAUAUAUUAAAAUACGUGGGGGAUAAGUCACAAGUUUACAAUAUAGAAUAAUUAAUGAUAGCGUGUUAUAUGGUUAUACACAUUACUUUUUAUAUAAGUUCAAAAAAAAGUUUUAAGAGUUGUUUUUUCAUAAUUUAGUAGAUAAAAAUUCCUGAUUCAAUAAUCAUUUAUAUAUUAAAGAUUUUUCAAUUUUGGCAAUCUUCGGUUUAAAUUAAAGAGAACAAAAAUUUUUCUUAGUUAAACUAUUUAACGAAUUGAAAAUGAAUGUGAUUUGAGAAAUGUCUGAAUGAUUUUAAUGAAGUUAGAUUAAAUAAAAAAAAAAAAAUUAUUAUUUUUCUUAGACUUGUUCGUUUCACGAGUUCUAUUUUUUGUAAGGAUAAAUUAAAAACAAAACAAGCUUUUUUGCUCAACUUUUUUUCUGUUCACAUUAAGUCUUUUAAAAUGGAGGAAAAAUGUGUGCAAGAAUUGUUACUCAAAGCUUAAAAAAAAUGGAAAAAAAAAUAUGCAGCUUGUGUAUUGCUCUCUGAAAAAUCCUGACUUCUGAAUAAUAUAACUAGGGAACAUGAUUUGAGAGAUUUUUAAAAGUAAUGAGUAAAAGGAAUGUUAUAAUUUUUUUUUUUUUUGUCAGGAUUUUCUAUGUCAUAUAAAAUUCCAUAAAGUAUGUCUAUAGUUUUUUCUUUAAAAAUAUUCUGAUGUAUGUGCAAUCGAUAAUGAAAUAUAAUGAACGUCGAAAACUUUGAACAAUCGAGUGUAAAUCUUUGCAAUCUUCAAUCAAACUUGAAUGUCUGUUGGACUUAUUGUGAAAAAAGUCCAUCUUUAUAAAUAUAGUGUAUUUCUGAUGUUCAUCGAAUAUGUAUGUCGAACAACAGGAUAGUCAAAAAGGUUUCUCUUUGGCAAAUCUAGCGUCCCCUGUUGCAUAAGAAGUGCUGUGGUUUAUUUUUAAAAGUGAAAAUGAAAAGAAAAUUGCGUAAAAAGUAAGAACUUUUGAGAAUUAUGAUAUUUUUCAAAUCGUCUUUAUACUUUGAUCUCUAUAUUUAAAGACGUUAUUUUUUGAUCUUUUUGUUAAAAACAAAUUGAAAAUUAAUAUUUUUGAAAUUUUCAACUCUAUUUUUUAUAAUGUACAUUUCAAUUCUAACUCGAUUUAUGAAAAAAAAAUUGUGAUAAUCAUGUUCAAAAAUAUUUUUUGUCUCCAGUGGAAAAUUUGGUGAUCACACUUUGUCAGUAAAUGAUAAUUUAUCAUUCUGCACAUGCAAUUUAAAUUUAAAAUGUCUGUCAACGUCAAACUUAAUGCAUUUUGUAAUAAUAGUAAAAGACAAGUACAUCACGAUUCUCAAAAAUUUUUAUCAUUCUGAAUAAUGAGAAGUGUUAACUUUUUCAAAAGAAUAAUCCGUUUUGUAUAAAUAUGUAUACGUUUGUGAUUGUCUCAUAAUUUGUUCAGUCAUCGUUCAUUCGUAAAAAAGACAUGUUUCAUAUUUAAUUUCAUUGUUUAUUUGUAAUUUUUGUUAUGUAACCUUUUUUUUUUUGUUCAAGAGACGUACAUCAAAAAAAUGUUUCGAAAUUGAUUUAGAUUAUAAUAUAAGAAUUGUCAAAAUAAUUACACUAAAAAAAAAAUUAUUUAGUUCAAAUAAAUAUUUAUUUGAUAAUAAUCACGUAAUCGAUUAUAUUUGAAUUAAAUAAUUUUUUUUGCAAGUGUAAAUCUUGGUAAAAUAUAUGUCCCGGUGUAAAACAAAUUUGUACAUUUUCGUAUUGUUAAUAUUUUAUAGUAAAUUAAUUUUGAGAUCAAUUGUUUCUUGCCAAUGUGCCAAAAUUGGUUGCGUUAAGUCAAAUGUGUGAAAUGGGGUAUCGACAGAGAUUAUAAAAUAAAAAUUUUUAUUCUAAUUGUGCACUAAAUUCAAUUUUCAUAUCAGUCAAAUUAAAUUAAUAUAACUAUAAUUGAAAUUUCAUUUUCUGAAUCAAAAUCUCAAUUCAAUUACAUUAAAUAAUUGUAAUAAAUAACAGUAUUAAUGUAUAAUUAAAAACCAUCAAUCGGCAAUAUAUAAUUGUUUGUCGAUAUCCUGUUAAGUGUAAUAGACUGUCGCUCAUUGAAGCAAUUUUCACAUUUUCUACGUGUUUUAACGUGCAUAUUUUAAUUUUGAUAAAGUAAUAUAAUUCAAAGCUAAUAAAAAAAAAAAAAAAAUUAUUAUCGUCCAAGUAGAAAUUCCUGUGUGAUUUAUGAUGUUACAUAUUAAGUUGUUAUACUUGAAGUAAAUGAACUUUGCUUCACUUUAAAUGGAUUGAAAAUGACCAAAAAAAAAAAACGAAAGAAAAGACUCAAAGUAGUUCAGAUUGAACAGACUUGUGUGUAAUAAAUAAUUCGUGUAUACUCUAGGGAUGAAUACAAAAACACAAGAAUUGAAUGUUUCUUCGGAAUGUACUUAAAAAAAAAAAAAAGAAGCAAGAGUGUAUGACUUUUCCAGAAGAAAAAGACAACAUAUUAUUGAACAUCAAAUAAUUGACCUGAAUUUAUCAGGCGUAUAUAUUUAAAAUGAACGUAGUACUUGUAUUUUUGUAAAACAUAAAACAAAGGUGGACAUACUAACAAUUAUUCAUUGUAAUUGUAUAUUAUAUACUUAUUAUAUAUGAAUACCUGUGUAUAAUCAUAAUACAAAUUAUAUUAUAUAUCUUUACUCGGCGUUAUAGCUCGUAUAAAGACAUGAAGUUGUACAUUUGUUAGAAGAUUGUCAUAUUUUGAAUAUAUAACAUUACACAAUUGUACAUAUUCUUCUGAGUAAGAGACUUUGCUUUAUACACAGAAAUGCGAAUUUUCCGCUCUUCUAAUCAGUCUCUUUGAAGAGAGAUCAAUCUAGAAGAUCGUUGAUUGAUAUAUGAAAAAAAUAGAAUUUGUGUUUUUAAUGGUUUGAUCUAGUUUAUCAAUUUUCUUUUCUUAUUUAUAAAAGAGAGAAAAGAAGUUUUUUGAAAGUCCGAUAUAAAAUUGUGUAUGACGCAACGUGUACGAAAUAACUCAAAAUGUAUUGUCGUUGUAGCAAUUCUAGAAAAAAUCCGCCUAGUUGUCCAUCCAGGAAUUCAAUAAUUUUAGCUAGAUAUGUAAGAGGAAACCUGAUAUAUAUAUAUAUAAAUAUGAAAACUAUUUUUUUCUUUUGUGUCCUGUAUGCGAUUAUUUAGUCGAAUGUACAAAAUAAUUCCUUAAUAAGAAAUAUGUUCUACAAAAUUA